CUUGAUUUACAGCCUUUGGCAAGUUAUAGAUCCUUAUUAGUAAGAGAUAAUAAUCUUCAGUUGCAUACGAUAUAUGGGCGGUUGAAGGUUUAUUCUUUUGAUUGAUAUUCAUUAUUGGAGUGAGGAUGUUCGUUUCUGUGGUCUGAGAGUUUGAUUUGUGGGGUAAUUGUUGCAGUUGCUUGACAUUUGAUUGCUGAGAACCAACUUUAGGGUGUUUGAGAUUACAUAUACUGGAAUUUUGGUAUGGAGGAAAAUCAGGGCAGCUCGAGUUCUCUCCCUCCUUUCAUUGCAAAGACAUAUGAGAUGGUGGAUGAUCCUUCCACGGAUUCUAUUGUGUCGUGGAGUUCAAGUGAUAAAAGUUUCAUUGUAUGGAAUCCACCCGAGUUUGCAAGAGAUUUACUUCCCAGAUUUUUCAAGCACAAUAACUUUUCUAGUUUUAUCAGACAGCUUAAUACAUAUGGUUUCAGGAAAAUUGAUCCCGAACAGUGGGAGUUUGCGAAUGAGGAUUUUAUAAGAGGUCAGCCCAAUCUUCUGAAAAACAUACACAGGCGCAAACCAGUUCAUAGCCAUUCCAUGCAGAAUCACAUAGGACAAGGAGCUUCUUCAUUAACAGAAACAGAGAGACGGCAUCUAAGGGAUGAGAUUGAGAGACUUAGGAAUGAAAAAGGGUCGCUUGCUUUAGAGAUAAAGAGGAAUGAACAGGCACGACAAGGAUUUCAGAUGCAAAUGCAGCUUUUGAGGGAGCGUUUAUUGAAUAUGGAACAGCGGCAGCGAAAAAUGAUAUCUUCUGUGGCUCAAGUCUUGCAGAAACCAGGGCUUGCUAUAAAUCCGACACCACAAUUGGAGGCUAAUGACAGAAAGAGAAGGUUGCCUAGAAUUGCUUACUUAUAUGAUGAAGCUGGGAUUGAAGAUAGUCAGACAGGCAAUUCCCUAAUCGCUAGAGAAAAUGCAAAUUUCGCACCGUUGUCCAACAUCAAGCCAUUUGAACAAUUAGAGUCAUCUAUGGUGUUUUGGGAGAAUGUGGUACAUGAUUUUGGUCACACUAGCGUUCAAGGUAAUUCAAACCUUGAAUUAGAUGAAUCAACAAGUUGUGCAGAAACCCCAUCAAUAUCUUGCAUACAGCUUAAUAUUGAUGCUCGUCCUAAAUCCCCCAGGAUUGACAUGAACUCUGAGCCUGCCCUCGUUGUUACAUCUGAGCCUAUUACAGAAAAAGAACAACCUGCAAGAACUACCGAACGUCCAAGAGCUGGGGUCAAUGAUAUGUUCUGGGAACAAUUUUUGACUGAAAAUCCUGGUUCAACUGAUACACAGGAAAUCCAGUCAGAAAGAAACGAUUCGGAUGCUAAAAAGAAUGAAAGCAAACCUGGUGAUCAGAGAAGAUUUUGGUGGAAUGUGAAGAAUGUAAAUAACCUUACAGAGCAGAUGAGGCAUCUAACUCCUGCAGAUAGAACUUGAUAUUUGUUGAUUAUUUUUCACGGCUUUUGGUGCCUCAAUAGUUCAGUGUAUUAAAUCUAGGUAUGACCGGUGUGAUGUGGAAAUAAGUAGAUAAGUUAUGUUUGAGUUCAUCUUCUCAAGCAUGUCAUUAACGUUCACAUGUUCAAUUGUUUUUUGGUGCUAUACAGCUAUAGUGUGAUUUAGAUGGCCUUUUUUGUCUGCUUC